GUUUUAUAUUGAUUAGUGUUUGGCUAAUCACUUGGAUUACUUGUCAGCAUGUGCUUUUUCUUUAUGAUAAACUAUAGGUUUGUCAGCUCUAAGAAGAUAUGCCCAGAUCUUGUUGUAGACCUUACCAGGUGCGGUGCAUGGUCAAACCAUGAAAUGAUUUGGCCUAUAAAAGGAUGGCCAUGCCUGAUAUUAAUCUUCAAAACAAAAUUUGCCCUCCAUUUGUUUUCUCUCUCAUUACUUAAGGGAUUAGCAAUAUUCAUGGAAGAAGUUGCCUCAACACUGAUUUCUCCAACAUGGGAUGAAGAUGAUCAAGAACAUGAGCAAUCUUCUAAGAGGGUCAGAUUAUUCGGGGUUGAGAUGAACCUCAUGUGUAAGAAGAAUGAUCAUACCGUGAUGAUGAUCAAGGGCUCUGUGGAGGGUGGUGAUGAAAGUGUAAAUUCUUCAUCAAUAACAGUCUCGACAUCUUCAGAUCGGGAAAGGAGGAUUUCUCCCAAAGAGGUUCAAGAGAAGAGGUUUGAAUGCCAAUACUGUUUAAAGGAAUUUGCAAACUCUCAAGCCUUAGGAGGCCAUCAAAAUGCCCAUAAGAAGGAAAGGAUGAAGAAGAGGCGGCUGCAGCUUCAAGAACGAAGGGCCAGCAUGAACUACUAUUAUAACAACAACCAGCUCGGAUCUAAUGUAUGGUACUAUGAUUCGUCGUUCUGUCCUCCUCCAGAAUUCACCAUUUCUGAUGAAUCCCAGAUAAGUUUCUCUUCUCAUGAUCAUGGUCAUGAUCAUGAUCAAGAUCAUCCUUGUGGAUUGGGAUGGUAUGGUGCCCAUAUCCCCUUUGAGCUGCAGGACAACCGCCCUGUAGUGAUCAAACCAUCUCCUAUGGCCCUGGCUCCAAAGCAGAGUAGUCAUAAGCCUUUAGAUCUUCAUCUGAGUCUUGGGGUUAACUUGUAGAAUUGUUAUAUGUAGUGAUUCAUUCACUUUACUAAUAUAAUAU